CGAACAACCAUCGUCGUCACCACCUCUACCACGACCUUGUCCUUCUUCCCUCACCUCUACCAUCAUCACCCACUCCUUCUACUCGCUCCAUCCUCUGGUCAGGUUGGGCAAGUUCACCCGGCCCCCGUCGUCUUCAAGAGCUGCCCCAUCUAACCUCCUGCCAGCUACUACCCCUCACUACCACCUCCAAGUCAUUCACAACGCCAGGCAGACGUAGUAACACGCAAAGAGACCCACCUACGUCUCGCCUCGCCUUGCCCUCCCUGCCUGUACGGCGCAGGGUAGUCGCAAGUUAGCGAGCGAAGGAGCAAAGCCCUCGAAUUUGCUGCUGCUGCCUCAUCGCCUGCUCCUCUUCUUCACCAUAUAGGUCUCGCGGCCACCUCUCGGCGGCACUUGCCGGCCACUUCGCCAGCAAUGGCAGACCUGAAUCCCGCACACACACCCUCGCCACCCUCGGCUUCCCAGUCCAGGUCCUCUGCUGGUCCAUCUUCGCCGGCUGUACGACGCUCGCCCCUAGCAUCGGCCCCCGUCAACCAGCUGCCCAUGGAAGACGCGGGGGAGAAUGCGCCCCCAUCCCCUUCUAGCGCCUCGCAGCCAUCUGAUGCUGGUGAUGGGCCAGAUGAGGGAUAUGGAGAUAUCUCCCCAUCCUAUCGUGCAAGACGCCACGGAUCUGACAGGAGAGGGGGCUCCAUGUCGAGCAGGUCAGAAUUGCCCAAGCCCAAGAAUCUACUGCCUCAAUCUCCAUCUACUGCUCUAGGAGGCGGAGGCUGGCGUCAGCCCCAGGCCAAUACCGACAUGCUCUCGCCUGCCAAUCUGCCCCACGAGAUUCUCCUUCACAUCUUUAAGUUCCUCCUCACACGGACUACCGGUCACGCGUACCUACGGAGCUCCCUCAUGGUCUGCCGCUCCUGGUGUCUUUGCGGCGUGGAGCUGCUGUGGCAUCGCCCGGCCUUCUUCCAUCUGUCCUCCCUCGUCAGGCUCAUACAGACCAUCAGGUCACCCGAGCAGACCUUUCCCUACGUGACCUUCAUCCGAAGACUCAACUUCUCGGGCAUCGCUGGAGAGCUGACGGACCAGCUCUUUGGCUUCAUGUCCAAGUGCGUCAGACUAGAGCGCCUGGCCAUCGCAGAAUGCUCUGAGCUAUCAGAUCAGGCGCUGAGCUCCACCUUGUCCUCCCUCAACAAUCUGGUGUCGAUCGACCUGACCAAUGUCAAGAAUUUGACCGAUGAUACACUUGAAGUCAUGGCUCGGAAUUGCAAACGAUUGCAAGGCGUCAAUUUCACCAAUUGCAAGAAGAUCACCUCAAAGGGAGUAGCAGCUCUGGGAGAAAACUGUCCACUGCUCAGAAGGGUGAAGUUCUGCUCUUGCGAGCUACUGGGCGACGAAGGCGUGCUGCCGCUCAUCCUGGGCUGUCCCAUGCUGCUCGAAGUCGACUUCUUCAACUGCCCUGUCAUCUCUGAUCGCGCUGUUCGGCAGAUCUGGAUCAGCUCGAGUCACGUCAGGGAGCUCAGGCUGGCCAAUUGUGGACCUCUGACAGAUGCUGGAUUCCCUGCUCCUGCUCGGAUGUUGACCAGCUCCGCGGCUGCCCUUGAUCUGAGCCCUUCUGUUUCGACUAGAUUAGCUGCGCCGAACGUAGAUCAUCUGAACAGCGCAGUGGGUCAGCAUGGCAGCGAAUCUGCUCCAACAAGCCGUGGAGCAUCUCCUGUCGGAGCCAUGCGAGGGACGUCACCGGCACAAGGGCGAUCAUCGCAAGCCGGUCUUGCCCACAAUGGGCUAUCCUCUACACCGUCUCGUAGUUACACAGGCCCGAUGUCACUCUCCAUCCCUCUCAAACCUCCCAAGACUUUCGAGCAUCUCCGCAUACUCGACCUCACCAACUGCAACACCAUCUCUGACGAUGCCAUCGAGGGCAUCAUUAGCAAUGCCCCUCGCAUCCGCAACCUCGGCCUCUCGAAGUGCACGAGAUUGACAGACGAAACAGUGUAUAGCAUCUCACGGUUGGGCAAGAAUCUGCAGUACCUACACUUGGGGCAUGUGAGCAACAUCACCGACAGGGGCGUUAGGCAUCUGGUUGAUCACUGCACCAGGAUCAGGUAUUUAGAUCUUGCAAAUUGCACCCAGCUCACAGACCUGAGUGUCAUGGAGCUGGCCAGCAAGCUGCCUAAGCUCAAGAGGAUCGGACUUGUGAGGGUCCACCACAUCACCGACAAUGCCUUGUACGCCCUCGUUGAGCGUCAUCUGAACCUGCAACGGGUCCACUUGUCCUACUGCACCAAGAUCAGCGUAGCGGCAGUCUUCUGGCUUCUGGAGCGCCUGCCAAAAGUUACUCAUAUCUCGCUCACGGGCGUGACGGCCUUCCAGCGACCUGAGUUGCAGUCGAUGUGUCGGCCACCACCUGAAGAGUUCAGCGCCACGCAACGUGAAAGCUUCUGCGUAUACAGUGGGCACGGCGUAGUCGAGCUGCAUCGCUUCUUGAGAACCGUCUACGCCAGUGAGGCUGCUGCAAGACAAUUCAUGGGUCAGACGAGCGAUCUGACAGCAGAGGACUACAGAGCCGUGCAUCUGAUGAGGCAAGUGGCGGAGCGCACUCGUGACGAGAGAAGAUGGAGGUAUCAGCGUAGUGAAGCGGCUAGUCACUUGCAGGGGAUGAUCGCGGCUACCGGGGCGUCCCAAUUACAAGCCCGUCUGCAACAAUGUCGUUACCUUCCUCACCCCAACCCCUGGACGGCCUCAUCCACCUUUCCCCUUGCUCACGUCACCACCUCAUCCACACUCCGCUAUCCACCCGAGCUCAACGAGCACUUCAACAACGCAGGUGGCAUUCCGACAAUGGGAAACGCCGACCGACGAGACGAAGAGGACUUCCCACUGGCUCCCGAAGAUUGGAGAGAUGAACAUGUCAAUCAGACCGGACAAGGCUGGCCGGCAGGUGUCAGCAGUCCGGACUUCGCCCAGAUGGACCCCAGAGUCUGGUCGGCGCCCGCAAUGCCAGCCCGCGGGACAGAACAAGGGCAGAGCGUUCCCUCGAUCGGGACCAAUGCUGGAGUUCCGCAAUCAGUGAUGAGACAUCCUCUAGAGCCCUCGCGCAGCGAUGGACCUGGCGCAAGUGGGCCUUCAAGCAACACAGCGAUGCUCGGACCCUACGUCGGCGCCAGAGCAGGUUCCCAUGCUUCAGCAAGGCCGCGUGGGCAAGCUUCGUUCGCCUCGCCAAUGGCUGGCGCACCUUAUCCUCACACAGGUCUACCCGACGUACGUCUCUCCCGACAUGCUCCGAACGUCUCGGCGACUUUGACCCCGUCGCUCAUGGGCCCUGGACCUUCCGGUAGCCUGGAGCCGCGCUGGGGAAGCGCCCUGCUGACCGAUCCUAGCGAGACCCUCAUGGCUUCCCAGCCCCGUCUCGCCAACUCCACGUCACCAAUCUAUGGCCAAUUCCAGGAGCCGGUGCAUUCUCGAGGUGGAGGCGGAACAGCCGCCGUCGGCCCCUCCAGCAGAUCGCCCUCUUCUUCGACUCAGCCUUACGGAGUACCAAUCAGCGACAGCAGCAUUGCCAACUUCCCUCCGCCGCAUCCUGCUGCUAUGGCCAGGAGCGCGGCUGCAUCAGGCGCCCCACUCACCGGUGUCGAGAUCGUGAACGCUGCAGGCAGACAAGGCCAAGCAGGCAGUGGUGUAGGCAGCGUCCGGGAGCCGUCGCAGGUGCGCUCCAUGUUCGUGGACCAACGCAGGGCCAUGGCGAACAUGAAUCGAGAGAGGGACGCUGUGGCUCGAGAUUUCCAACGACGAGUGCACGAAGCAGCACGAGGACAGCAGGGAGCCCCUGCCGGCUCGGGAAGUGACGCCACGCAACCUGCUACAUCAAGCUCAGCGCCAGUGGGGGGAUCGGUCAGGAACACAUCGCCGAUGAGGCUUGAUGAGGAAGAAGCCGGUGAUGAGUCGGACGACAAAUUCGUCGAUGCAGUCGGAGAUGCGUCCAUGAGCGGCAAUGUUUCUUCGUCUUCUCAACCCAUUGGGGCCGGAGCCAGUAAUGGGGUACAGCCCCGGGGAUUUGAGACUGGCCAGGAGCAAGCCGAGGCAGACGCAGAUCGUUCUACGCCUGACCGAUUGGCCCACGUGCGGGAGCAGAGGUUGCGAAUGCUCGGAGAGCAACUCUGAAUCAUGACAUUGCGGGGCUUUCGGUUUCAGUAGAGUCGGGCAGCGCGAGGUCUCGAAUUGCGGUUCAGCUGCCGACUGUCACAGAAGGACCUCGGCCUUGCUGCCGACUCUCUUUCGGCGCUUCUCCCGUUCAUCCAUGCCGACGGUGAAUGCUCUGCUCCGCUCCGCUAUAUCCAUGCCCUUUACAAUUCUUCUUGCUUGUUAGUACAUCCAUCCAUUCAUGCUCAUUCAUGCACGCUUGUAUGUCUUAGCUAUCUGCUUGCUCGCCAUAUCACAAUAUGAGAGCAGGUUCAUCCAC